AUGGCGUAUAGUACGUUUACUACACCACUUAUUUCCAGGAAUUCAUGCGUCUGGAAAAAUCAUCAAACCAUUUCAAAUGGAAUACAAUUCAAAUCAAAUGAUAUCAUAACAAAUGUCGAACAAAAUGUCACCACGAAAAAACUGUCAUGGAGAGAUCUUUUUCCUCAGAUAUUAGCAAGUGUAGUUGCUUUUUUGUUGGUCACUCAGCCCGGAAUCAAUAUGGUUUACUCGAACAUAUUUCUGAAUCACUACGAAUUUACAGAUGUUUCAGAGUUAUCUUGGUUAACUAGCAUUCUGGUAUUAUGCACUCCAAUCGGGGCGAUCACAAUCGGCGUCAUAAUGGACCGGAUCGGCAGGAAGAACGCGUUUUUACUCACGUCUGUGCCGCUCUUGAUAUCCUGGUCGAUCGCUUCGGUUGCUCGGCCUGAAAACAUGCGUCUAAUCUACGCUUGCCGAUUUUUCGCUGGCAUCGGCGGAGGCAUGACGUCCAUGGUCGUAGUUUACGUUUCGGAAAUAGCUCAUGCUUCACACAGACAAGUUUUGUUGUCGUUGAACAGCGUGUUCUUUUCAGUAGGCGUACUAUUCGCCACCACCGUCGGAUCGCUGUUCCAGUGGCAGGCAGUCAAUGUGAUAUUUUUCAUAUUCACGGCUGUCACGACGGUGCUCCUGGUCAUCUUCCUGCCGGAGAGUCCGGUCUGGCUGGCCAAGUUCCGGUCCGACCGUACCUACGACGCGAGGACUUCGUUGAGAAGAAUAUACCCGAAGAACGAUCAAGUGUUCGUGGAAGAACUGGAUCGUCUGUACCCCGAUUCGACGACCACCGCGGAUAGCCCGGAGGUACAUCACCCGCAACACUGCAUCGGCUGCGAACAAGCAACUAAACGGCGAAGGUUGAAGCGGUGCUGCUGGUGGCGUACGCCUCAGCCGCGGACUGUGACCCGGCCCGUGCGCGUGCUGGCCACCGUGUUUCUUCUGCAGCAGCUGAGCGGUUGUUACCCGGUGAUAUUCUACGCGGUUCCUGUCAUGCGGUCGGUGGCUGGCACCAAUGCCCUCGGUGGACCUUACUCGGACAUGGAAGCGAUGGUGGCUCUGGGCGUUGUCCGCCUGUUGACCAGCGUGGCGGCUUGCGCGCUGUCCUUGCACGUCGGGCGCCGGCCGCUCCUGAUCGCCUCGUCGUUGUCCAUGGCGUGCUCGGCCGCCCUGGUUGCGCUGACCUACGGCCCAACAGCGGCGCCAAUGUGGCCGCUUAUAGGGGUCUCGGUGUUCGCAUGCAGCGGCUCGGCCGGCGUGCUCGUGUUCCCGUGGACUUUGGUUGGCGAACUGUUGCCCGUUUCGGUCCGGGCUGAGGCCGGCGCUUCUCUCGUGGCGUACGCAUACACUCUCAUGUUCGUUGUGCUCAAAGCGUUCCCAUACGCGGUGGCCGACGACGGCGGCGGUUCCGUGGCCACGACAUUCGCCGUCUUCGCUGCCGGAUCGCUGGCCAUGGCCGCGUACGUGCACGCCCGUCUACCCGAGACUAUGGGCAAGCGGUUCGACGAGAUCGAAGCGCAUUUCGCCGAUGACAAACACGCGGCGGCCGCUACCCGCAACGCCCACUGUAAGACGAGCUAUUUGAUGACGCCUCCGUGA